UAAAAAAAACAAAACUUGUACGCGGUGAAACUGGUUUGUAAUUUAUAUUAAGUAAAAUUACGUUAUUUCAACGUCAAAAUGAGUUCAGAUUGUGAAGAAGGGAUUGUAUCUGCAUUACCUUGUUCUGGCAAGGAAGCAGAAUCGGAAAUUGGAAGUAUGGAUGAUGUAAAAGAUGAAGAAGGUUUAGCCGAUCUGGUUGAUGCUGAAGAAUUCCUUGCUUCUCACGGAGUUGCUAUGUUGGAGUAUGAGCGGCAGAUGUUUAUGGAUCUUAUGCACUCCGAUGGGUUGGUUGUAUGUGCUAAAGGAAUCAGCUAUGAGAAGGUACUGUUGAACUUGUUGAAAAUAUUCUGCGAUCCUACAACGCUUGUGUUAGUAAUCAAUAGUUCGGAUUAUGAACAAAAGUUGUAUACAUCACAGUUGGACAACCAGCACAUUCAUGAAUCGUCCACCAACAGUGUUGAGCGGGAACAGGUGUAUUUACUAGGUGGAAUACAGUUCAUUAGUACUAGAAUUCUAGUCGUAGAUCUGUUGAAAAAUCGCAUACCGGUAGAAUUGAUUACAGGAAUUUUUGUUGUGAAGGCGCACGAGAUUAUCGAAUCUUGUCAGGAAGCAUUUGCUCUUCGAUUAUAUAGACAAAAAAACAAAACAGGAUUUGUAAAGGCUUUUUCGAAAAACGUAGAAGCAUUCACCUAUGGUUAUGGGCAUGUGGAGAAAGUAAUGCGAAACUUGUUCGUCAAGGACUUAUUUGUCUGGCCACGGUUUCAUGGAACAAUCCAAAAAUCGCUCAAACCUUUCGAACCUUUAGUGGUAGAAAUGCAGAUUCCAAUGAGUCCGAAUAUGAUAAUAUUGCAAAGUAAUAUAUUAGAUAUAAUGAACUAUUUGGUGAAGAACAUAAAAAGUUUGAACCGAUCUGUUGAGCUUCAGGAGAUUACAGUGGAGAAUUGUGUCACAAAAAAGUUCCACAAAAUCCUACAGGCACAACUUGAUACAAUUUGGCAUCAACUGAGUUCUCAAACAAAAUUGAUAGUAGCGGAUUUGAAGGCGCUUCGUAGUUUGAUGAUAUCAACUAUCUAUCAUGAUGCCAUUACGCUUUAUGCAAUAAUGAAAAAAUAUCGCACUACUGAGUACGCUCUAAGCAAUUCAGGUUGGACAAUUUUGGAUUCAGCUGAGAAGAUGUUCUCUGUGGCAAAGGAGCGCGUGUUCAACAGAAACGAUGAGUUUGAGCCGGAGCAAUGUCCCAAAUGGAAAGCUUUAUCGGAGGUGCUCCGUCAAGAAAUUCCAACCGACAUUAAAGAGAUGGCGAAAAAAAUUCGUAAGAAAGAAGAACGACAAAAAUAUCUUCGCCAACAGGUCAAAGUUCUUAUACUUUGUCAAGAUGCCAGGACCUGCUACCAGUUAAAUCAGUAUCUAACGCAAGGCCCCGAAAAAUAUCUUUUCUACACGGCAAUGAAAAACGAUAUUGUGGUUUCGAAAUUAGCAGAAAGCUACCGUCAUAUCAGUACUCAGAAUGACCCAAAUCCUUUUAAAAUACAGCAAGUCGAGGCGCAUACGAAAACUGCACCAUCGGGAAGUAAAGACUGUCCACGAUCUAUUGCGAUCGCUGAAGAUUCCGCGUGUGCAAAAAAAGAAGCAGGAUUUCUACGUGAGAGAAUUGCAAAACGGCGAGCGAAUGCAACCAAAAAGGAAACAAAAGAAGAGGAAUCUCGAAAACGAGAAGAAGUUGACGAAAAUGAAGACAGUGCCACGAACAAAUCAGAGAUGGAAUCAGAAUUAUUUGCCAAAGAAGAAAAUGAAGAUUACCAAUGCUUUCGAGAUUCUUAUAUUCUAACCAUGUCACAGAGAGGGGACGCAAAUCAGACCAUUUCAGACGUUGUUGAUGCUGAUCUUUCUGAUGUAACGCAGUUUGAAAGCGGUGAAUUUGAAUCGUUUUCGGAGUUGGAAAACUUAGAUGUGACGAGGAUAGUGAACGAAAGCAACAAACCAUUGGUGUUUAUCCAAACAUUUAAAAGCGAAAUUAAUGGUUUCACUUCCUUGGAUAGAACGCUACAAGAAAUUAAACCUCGUUACAUAGUAAUGUACCAUAGCAAUGUUGCGGCAAUCAGAGCGAUUGAAGUUUAUGAAGCCCGUCAACAACGUCAUGAGUUGGCCAGAGUUCGUGUAUAUGUUAUCAUUCAUUCAAAAACUGUUGAAGAACAAUCAUAUCUAACCUCUCUGAGAAGGGAAAAACAAGCAUUUGAACUGUUAAUAGAAACUAAACGAACUAUGGUAGUUCCUGAAUACCAGGAUGGGAAAUCGGAGGAAUCGAUAACCAUGCUACAAAAAAAACAAGAAGCCUCAUCACGUCAGGCCGGUGGUCAACAGGUUAGUGAGAAUACUGUCGUCACACCACGAAUUAUUGUUGACAUGCGGGAAUUCCGUUCUGAUUUACCGUGUUUGAUUCAUCGUCGUGGUAUCGAAGUUGUGCCGCUCACUAUUACGAUAGGAGACUACAUACUAACACCAGAAAUCUGCGUGGAACGCAAAUCGAUUUCGGAUCUUAUUGGAUCACUUAACUCAGGAAGACUAUACAAUCAGUGCGUGCAGAUGACUCGAUGUUACACCAAGCCAAUUCUUUUGAUCGAGUUUGAUCAGAACAAACCGUUUCACCUGCAACGACAUUUCAUGAUGUCUGGUGAUUCUGCAUCAUCAAAUGCCGACAUUACGCAGAAGUUGCAACUUUUGACGCUGCAUUUCCCAAAACUAAAGUUGGUUUGGUCUCCUAGUCCUUAUGCUACCGCACAGUUAUUCGAAGAACUCAAGCAAGGUAAACUAGAACCUGAUACGGAAGUUGCUGCACUUGUCGGGACGGAUGAAGCUGGAGGACCGGUUGAAAUUGAGCAAAUAGCUGACCGAUCCAAUCCAAAUAUUCACGAUUUUCUAAUAAAGUUACCUGGUAUAAACUCGAAGAAUAUUGGCAAGGUGAUGAGGAGAUGUAAGAAUCUUAGAGAGUUGUUGAAAAAAACGGAGGAAGAUCUUGUUGAACUGUUGGGAAGCAAGAUGCAGGCGAAAAUGCUGUGGGAGAUUCUGCACGUCGCUCAUAAGCCUGUACAGGGAGAAACGGAGAAACAGUUUACUUCGAAAUUCAAGCGUGGAUUUGGCAGAAGAAACUUUUAACUAUUGGUUAUGCUCAGCAAUAAAGACAGUUAAAAGUA